AUGACGUCGCUGUUUAGCUUUGCGUCACCUAUCGACAUCGAUAUCCGGCUGAAUGAUGAGCACGAACGUAAAACAGUGGAUGUGAAGACGAAUACUUCUUCCAAAGAGACAUACCCAGUGUACUAUGACGGUGAAACACUACAGGGAACAGUGGUGAUCCAACCUCGGAAUUCAAAACGGUUGCAGCAUGACGGGAUCAAAAUCGAGUUAAUUGGAUGUAUAGAGCUGUUCUAUGAUCGGGGGAAUCAUUAUGAAUUUCUGUCGCUCAUGCAGGAGCUGGCGGCGCCAGGAGACAUACGUGACACGGAAAUGCUGCCGUUUGAGUUCAAAAAUGUCGAAAAGCAAUACGAAAGCUACCAAGGGAUUAACGUGAAGCUGCGGUACUUCCUUCGUUUGACCAUUCACCGACGCAUCUCUGAUCUCGUGCGGGAACGCGACGUCUGGGUGCACUCAUUCCGACCACCAUCUGACUCGAACAAUGCGAUCAAGAUGGAGGUUGGCAUUGAAGACUGUCUGCACAUUGAGUUUGAGUACAACAAAUCAAAAUACCACCUGAAAGACGUGAUUGUGGGCAAGAUCUACUUCCUCCUGGUGCGUAUCAAAAUCAAGCACAUGGAGCUAUCGAUCAUUCGUCGCGAAACGACGGGCUCGGGACAAAACCAGUACAAUGAGUCGGAAACUAUUACCAAGUUUGAGAUCAUGGACGGUGCGCCUGUGCGCGGAGAAACAAUUCCGAUCCGCCUGUUUCUUGGAGGCUUUGACCUUACGCCCACAUUUCGAGAUGUGAAUAAAAAGUUUAGUGCACGCUACUACCUAAACCUCGUACUCAUUGAUGAAGAGAACCGUCGCUACUUUAAGCAGCAAGAGAUCACAUUUUUCCGCAUUCCAGAGAACUGA